CUCGGAGACCGCCCUGGAAGCACGUGACUUGGGGCGCUUGUCGGAAACUGUGGUGGGGAGACCCCCCAGCACCUAAAGCUCGCGAUGACUUCUGCGCUGACCCAGGGGCUGGAGCGAAUCCCAGACCAGCUGGGCUACUUGGUGCUGAGCGAAGGCGCGGUACUGGCGUCGUCUGGGGACCUAGAGAACGAUGAGCAAGCAGCCAGCGCCAUCUCUGAACUGGUCAGCACCGCAUGUGGUUUCCGAUUGCACCACGGCAUGAAUGUGCCCUUUAAACGCCUGUCUGUGGUCUUUGGAGAACACACUCUGCUGGUGACUGUGUCGGGACAGAGGGUGUUUGUGGUGAAGAGGCAGAACCGAGGCCGGGAGCCCAUUGACAUCUGAGCCUGCCGUGGAGGCCUUUGCGAGACACGUGCAGUAGGUCCGUGAGCCAUGAGGGAGGAGGAAUGCUGUGUGCCCUCUGCUACAACCAAGGCCCCCUUCUGCUCGCCCACCUCCCCACCUACCUGGAAGGGCAAAGUCUUGGAGACUUUGUGCAGUGUUACCGAGGGAGGGCCAAGGGACUGACCUCUCGCUUCGUUCUUUCCUUUCCUCCCCCUUAUUAAAUAUUAAUAAACCUGGUGUUCCCAGGUC